CGUCAGCUGGUGGAGGCGUGUACCAUGAUGCGAGAAUCAGCAGCCUAGCCAACAACCACCAACAUCGGCGGUUGCAGCCUUUCGCGCAGAUGUAAAUCUGUACAUCUCAAAAUACCUCACCAGUGCCCGUGUGUCAAGUGCACUAAUGAGAACUAUUUGACAAAAAACACUGUCUUUAAACAUAAUUCAAACUAAUAUUCUGACGGUAGAUCCGUAAGGGCCCACACAAUCUGCGCACUUGAAAUCGUCCGGUCAGAUCAGAUCAGAUCUGCCUUCAACCUUGCUGUCCUACCGCAUGUCACCUUAAAUGCUUUUCGAUCAGAGAUUUUCCGAGUCGGACAGACAAACUGGAAAAGAUGCGGAAGGACGUGAGGAUAUUACUUGUAGGAGAACCCAAAGUAGGGAAGACUUCCCUUAUUAUGUCCCUGGUCACCGAGGAGUUCCCAGAUGUGGUGCCCUAUCGGGCUGAAGAAAUCACCAUUCCUGCCGACGUCACCCCAGAGAGAGUGCCCACACACAUUGUUGACUACUCAGAGGUGGAGCAGACGGAUGAGCAGCUCUAUCAGGAAAUCACCAAGGCCAAUGUUAUCUGCAUUGUCUACUCAGUCAACAACAAGAAGUCCAUUGAAAAGGUCACCAGUCAUUGGAUUCCACUAAUAAAUGACAGAACAGAUAAGGACAGCAGGAUUCCCCUCAUCCUGGUGGGCAACAAGUCAGACCUGGUGGAGCACAGCAGCAUGGAGACCAUCCUGCCCAUCAUGAACAAGUACACAGAGAUCGAGACGUGUGUGGAGUGUUCUGCCAAGAACCUGAAGAACAUCUCGGAGCUCUUCUACUAUGCUCAGAAGGCAGUUCUGCACCCAACCGGUCCACUCUAUUGCCCUGACCAGAAGGAGAUGAAGGUGGCUUGUCUCAGGGCACUCACACGCAUCUUCAAGGUGUCCGAUUUGGACAAUGAUGGCAUCCUUAAUGAUAACGAGCUCAACUUCUUCCAAAGGACAUGUUUCAACAGCCCCCUGGCUGCCCAAGCUCUGGAGGACGUGAAGAAUGUUGUGCGGAAGAACAUAAAUAAUGGAGUGUGUGACAACGGCCUCACGCUCAAUGGGUUCCUGUUCCUACACACACUCUUCAUCCAGAGAGGAAGGCACGAGACCACCUGGACCGUCCUGCGCAGGUUUGGCUAUGAUGACGACCUGGAGCUCCACCAGGACUACCUCUUCCCCCCGUUAAAAAUACCUCCCGACUGUACCACCGAGCUCAACCACAAUGCUUACCUCUUCCUUCAGAGCAUCUUCGACAAACAUGAUAAGGACCGGGACUGUGCCCUGUCCCCAGAGGAGCUGAAGGACCUGUUUGAUGUCUUUCCCUACAUGCCCUGGGGUGCUGAUGUCAACAACACCGUCUGCACCAACGACCAGGGCUGGAUCACAUACCAGGGCUACCUCUCCCAGUGGACGCUAACGACAUAUCUAGAUGUGCAGCGGUGCCUUGAGUACCUGGGUUACCUUGGUUACUCCAUCAUUGCUGAACAGGAGUCCCAGGCAGCUGGCAUGACAGUGACUCGGGACAAGAAGAUUGACCUGCAGAAGAAGCAGACCCAGCGCAACGUGUUCCGCUGUAAUGUGUUUGGCGCCAUCGGCAGCGGCAAGAGCGGCUUCCUGCAGGCUUUCCUGGGCAGAAACCUCAUGCGCCAGAGAACAAUAAGUGAAGAGCACAAAUCUUAUUAUGCAAUCAGCACAGCCUUUGUCUACGGUCAGGAGAAGUACUUAUUGCUCCAUGAGGUCUUCCCAGACUUUGAUUUCCUCUCGGACGCAGAGCUGUCCUGCGAUGUUGUGUGCCUAAUCUACGACGCCAGCAACCCCUUCUCUUUUGAGUACUGUGCAAAAGUCUUUAAGCAAUACUUCAUGGACAGCAAGACGCCGUGCAUGAUGGUGGCGUCCAAGGCGGACCUGCCCGAGGUGAAGCAGCAGUACGCGCUGACCCCACUGGAAUUCUGCCGCAAGCACAAGAUGCCGCCGCCGCAGUCGUACACCUGCAACACGGCCGCCGCGCCCAACAGGGACAUCUUCAUCAAGCUGACCACCAUGGCCAUGUACCCCCACGCUCGUCUGCGCUGCAUGUGCACGUGCAACCGGUGCACCUUCUGUCUCUGUCAGAACUUCCUCAACUCUGAGCUGAUGCAGACUGUGAAGGCCAAAAUCUACACCGUCAUUUUCAGCAGGCACAUGACGCAGGCGGACCUGAAGAGCUCCACCUUCUGGUUGAAGGCAAGCGUUGGAGCCACAGUGUUUGUGGUGCUGGGCUUUGCCAUGUACAGGGCCAUGCUCAGGUCCCGGUGACUGAGCCCCCAACAACCUCUCCCUGCAGGUUUCUCCCAACGUCAAACACAAACAAACAUUCUCCAAACGAAGACUUAAGAGUUUCCACUUAGAAAAGCUAUGUGUCAUUUUGUACAUGGGUGUGUAUAAUGCUCUGCCCUCUGUGGCAAUAUCAUAGGUAUUUAUAUUUAUACUGACUUGAUAGAGGAGUCAAUGCCCACACACUAUGUUGAAUUUCUCUUCUCAGUUGUCUGACUCUUGAAAUAGGUAACAGGAGACCUUGGAUAUCCUUGUGAAUAAUGUACAUUGUUAGUGUAUAUACAUAUAUAUUUAUCUUUCCCCAUGAAAUGGUGUAAAACAAAGGAGUCAUGAUGGAUAAUAAGCUUUCAUACAUCAGCUGUAAUGCACAAAUGGGCUCCUGAAGUGUUAUAUUCAGUUGUUUGAGAUUAGUUUUGCAGGCAGGUUUCUGAAAGCCACAGGUGGGCCAGAGGUGAUUCAUAUUACCAUUAUGUGCACUGAUGGUCAAAUAAGACCAGAAGACUUGGAAAUGAAGGACUUAGAACAGGUAAAUACAUAAGCUAGAUAACAUAUUUCAAUAUAUACUUCAAUUAAUUCUUCCCAGUUGGUAGUUUUGCAUGUGUGAUCAUGCAUCAAGAAGUGUUCAUAUUAUAUAGUGGCCAGUGGGGUGGACACUCAUCUGGCCAGUCAUCCCAUGCACCCUGGCACCAUGUGUAUGUGAAAGGUUCAUCAUGCUUUAACACAAGACCUGCAUCUGUUAGACUGGAUGUGCAUGCUGUGUCAUCUCCUCAGACACGUGCUCUUGCAAGGAGAUCAGCGACCAACUACAUUCCUCUGUGUUGUGAAAGAGAUCCCUCUCCCGCACCUUACGAACACCAUCAGUUGAGAGUUUGUUCAAAGUUAGUUUUUGUUUCUUUUUCAUACUUUCCAAAGUUUACAAUAAAUGGUUGCUGCUAAAGCCA